GUUGAAAAUUCUAAACUCUAAUACAUUUUUCGUUCUCUCUUUCCCUCUUAACCUUUUUACACAUUCCUCUGUUUUUAAAAAAUUUCUAUUUUCCCAAAUCAGGUUUCGUCAAAGAAAUGGGUUCAGUUUCUCGCUGAAGAAACCAAACGACCCAAAACAGAAAUUUCCAUAAGUUUGUAAUGGCUUCAAGUCCACCACCCAAGAAGACCUUAAAUUCGCAAUCCUCCUCCGUAAGCCGGCCUCCACAAGCCGUCAAGUUUGGUCGCCGGACGUCCAGUGGCCGCAUUGUUAGCCUCUCCCGCGACGAUGACAUGGACGUCUCUGGCGAUUACUCCGGCCAGAGCGACUACAUCAACUACACCGUCCUCAUGCCUCCUACACCUGACAACCAACCUGCUGGCUCCUCCGGGUCCACCCCUGAGUCAAAAUCCGAUGCUAACCGCCGCGGAGGAGGAGGAGACGGCGCUAAGAUGGGGAAUAAGCUGGAUAGAAGAUUAUCUGUGAUGAAAUCUAAUAACAAAUCAAUGUUGUUGAGGAGCCAGACCGGAGAUUUCGACCAUAACAGGUGGUUGUUUGAAUCUAAAGGCAAAUACGGAAUCGGAAACGCGUUUUGGUCCGAGGAAGACGAUACCUACGAUGGUGGCGUUAGCAUGUCGGAUUUCUUCGACAAGCCAUGGAAGCCUCUCACGAGGAAAGUUAAUAUCCCGGCCAAAGUUCUUAGUCCCUACAGGUUACUAAUCGUGUUUCGUCUUGUGAUACUCUUCUUCUUCCUCUGGUGGCGUGUUACGAAUCCUAAUGAGGAUGCAAUGUGGCUAUGGGGGCUAUCGAUAGUCUGCGAGAUUUGGUUCGCUUUCUCUUGGAUUCUUGACAUUCUUCCGAAGCUAAACCCUAUAAACAGAGCCACGGAUCUUGCUGCCUUGCAUGACAAGUUUGAGCAGCCUUCUCCGUCGAACCCCACUGGUCGCUCUGAUCUCCCCGGUGUUGACGUGUUCGUUUCCACGGCUGACCCGGAAAAAGAACCGCCUUUAGUCACCGCAAACACCCUUCUCUCUAUCCUCGCCGUGGAUUAUCCAAUCGAGAAGCUCUCGGCCUACAUUUCAGACGAUGGUGGUGCAAUUCUCACCUUUGAAGCCAUGGCUGAAGCUGUUCGCUUUGCCGAGUAUUGGGUGCCAUUUUGCAGAAAACAUGACAUAGAGCCGAGGAACCCGGAUAGUUACUUUAGCCUGAAAAAAGACCCGACAAAAAACAAGAAGAAGCAAGAUUUUGUCAAAGAUCGUCGUUGGAUCAAGCGUGAGUAUGACGAAUUCAAAGUCAGGAUCAAUGGUCUUCCAGAACAAAUCAAGAAAAGAGCUGAGCAAUUCAAUAUGAGAGAAGAGCUCAAGGAAAAACGGAUUGCCCGAGAGAAAAACGGCGGUGUGUUGCCGCCGGAUGGGGUUGAGGUGGUCAAAGCAACGUGGAUGGCUGAUGGUACACAUUGGCCAGGAACGUGGUUUGAACCUAAACCUGAUCACUCAAAAGGAGACCACGCCGGUAUCCUACAGAUCAUGAGCAAAGUUCCUGAGCUUGAACCGGUGAUGGGUGGACCGAAUGAAGGCGCGCUGGAUUUCACAGGGAUUGAUGUCCGAGUACCUAUGUUUGCGUAUGUAUCACGUGAGAAACGUCCAGGUUUCGACCACAACAAGAAAGCUGGUGCCAUGAACGGUAACAUGAGAGCACUAGAUGGGUUACAAGGUCCGGUCUAUGUGGGAACAGGGUGUAUGUUCCGAAGGUAUGCUCUCUAUGGAUUCAACCCACCUCGAGCCAACGAGUACUCAGGCGUUUUUGGUCAGGACAAGGCCCCGGCUAUGCAUGUCCGGACUCAGUCCCAAGCUUCACAAACAUCCCAAGCGUCUGAUCUAGAGUCCGAUACACAGCCUCUUACCGAUGAUCCAGAUCUUGGUCUUCCCAAAAAGUUUGGUAACUCGACCAUGUUCACAGACACUAUCCCAAUCGCAGAGUACCAAGGACGUCCUCUAGCAGAUCACAUGUCAGUUAAAAACGGAAGACCACCCGGCGCUUUGCUCCUCCCACGACCUCCCCUUGAUGCUCCUACCGUAGCUGAAGCCAUCGCUGUCAUUUCCUGCUGGUAUGAAGACAAUACGGAGUGGGGAGACAGAAUCGGAUGGAUCUACGGUUCGGUCACUGAAGACGUGGUGACGGGAUACCGUAUGCAUAACCGCGGUUGGCGGUCUAUCUACUGCAUCACGAAACGCGAUGCUUUCCGCGGCACGGCUCCGAUCAAUCUCACUGACCGUCUCCACCAAGUCCUCCGUUGGGCCACUGGCUCUGUGGAGAUCUUCUUCUCCAAGAACAACGCCAUGUUCGCCACAAGACGGCUCAAGUUUCUCCAGCGAGUGGCCUACCUCAACGUCGGGAUCUACCCUUUCACAUCCAUCUUCUUGGUCGUCUAUUGCUUCCUCCCUGCUCUCUGUCUCUUCUCUGGCAAAUUCAUCGUCCAGAGCCUCGACAUACAUUUCCUCUCCUACCUCCUCAGCAUCACCGUAACUCUGACUCUAAUCUCCCUCCUCGAGGUCAAAUGGUCAGGAAUCGGACUCGAGGAAUGGUGGAGAAACGAGCAGUUCUGGCUUAUCGGAGGCACGAGCGCUCAUCUUGCAGCAGUCGUUCAAGGACUGCUCAAAGUAAUCGCGGGAAUCGAAAUCUCGUUCACACUGACAUCGAAAUCGUCAGGAGAAGACGAAGACGACGUCUUUGCGGAUCUUUACAUCGUGAAAUGGACGGGGCUGUUCAUCAUGCCGCUUACGAUCAUCGUAGUGAACCUUGUGGCGAUUGUGAUCGGAGCUUCGAGGACGAUAUACAGUGUGAUCCCGCAAUGGAGCAAGUUGCUGGGAGGUAUAUUCUUUAGCCUGUGGGUUUUGACGCAUAUGUAUCCGUUUGCUAAAGGGUUGAUGGGUCGAAGAGGAAAGGUUCCGACGAUUGUGUAUGUUUGGUCCGGUCUUGUGUCGAUCACUGUGUCGCUGCUCUGGAUCACCAUCAGUCCUCCUGAUGAUGUUACAGGCGGUGGUGGGAUCUCUGUGUAAAUUUGAUCAGAAUGUAAUACUGAGAGAGGUUUUGGAAUAUAUCUAUUCUUUUUUUGUAAAAGUAAAUUUGGUUUUUAUGUAAAUUUUUGUGUUGAAAAAGACCAACUCUGCUUUAGUUCGUGUUACCAGAGAACUGAAACAAACAUCCCGUGGCUCUGCUUUCUGUCUGUUAUAUCCUCUGUUUUGUAGGGAAUCAAAGGAACGGAUUAAGAGAAUGAAACCGACGAAAGAGAUUUUUUAAAAUUUCCAAUAAAUUCUAAAUUGUCCCAUAUUGUUAACGUUGAAAUAUUGAUCUGACGCAUUUACCCUCCGACGAAGAAAAAAGGAAAGACCUUUGUUUCGAAGAGCCUGAGUGAAAGUCUUGGGAUCGAAGGAAACUUCCUUUAAUUUCCUUUUUUGAUUUGGUUCUCUACGGUCUAUAUAUAAUAUGAUUCACACUACCUCUCUCUCUCUCUCUCUCUCUCUCACAAUUUCCAUAUUUUGAUUUCCAAAAGCCUUCGAAACCCUAAGCUAACAUCGCCUCUUUCCAAAUUCACUCUCUUUGAUAAUCAACAACAAAGCAGCAAACACGUGAUGAUGAUGAUGAAGAAUCCUGCCGAUGAUGGCUGUAAGUCUUUUGCAGUUAGGUCUGUCCUGGCGAAGAAGCAAUCCGCUAAGCUUUCUCAAAACCCUAAAUCAAAAGGGAUUAAGAAAAACUUGAAGAAGCCGUCUGGCUUUUGCGAGUCUGUUUCAACAACAACAACAUCAUCAAGGGCGCCUCCUCCGCAGAUGAAGAAGCAGCAUCCGCCGCCUCCCAAAGUCUCUGGAAACCCUAAAACUCGUCAAGCCGUGGAGAAGAAUGCGACAGAGACGUUGGAGCUCUUCGAAGUAGCAAAAAAAUCAGCAGACGUGGCGAACGCGAAGGGACUUCUCGGGGCUAAAGAAGAGGCAUCGAUCUGCGUAGAAUCUCUCUCCCUGCUCGUCGGUUUCCCCAUAAGCGCAACAGAUCCCGAGACGAGGCGGGUCAUGGAUAGGCUUGCGAAUCUCACGAGGCACAAAAGCCGCCAAAUCUGCAAUUCCGCAUCCGCCCUUUUUGACCAUUGGAGGCAGAGCAUCCGAGAUCAACAACACUCACUGUAGGAUCACUGUUAUCAACUCAAGGAAAUUAGUAAAAAUUAGGGUUAUUGUAGUCAUCACUUUCUAUUUCAAUCUCUCCGCUUGUGUUGGUAAAGUCAAGUUUGUUUUUCUUCUUCUGUUUAUGCGUAUCAAUGAAAAUUGGAUUUUGAGUUGUACAUUUGUUUUCGGUUUGUAAUUGAGACACAACAAGUCAAUACUUGAGAAAGAUUUCACACAUACUUCUAUGGUCUAAAAUCAUUGAUAAUUGCUCUCUCUACUCUCUCUGUGGAAUUGAAAUGUGUGUCAUCUGUUAUGACAGAGAGAUACAUCAAGGUAAGCAGCGUCAACACAAAAUUUACUUUUUCUUCUUCGAUCUUGAUCCCUUGGGCACAGAUAUGUCUAUAAAUAUGACUAGAGAAAAUCCAGAAACAUUAUGGAGAAGGGAAAUAAUACUAAGCUUCGAAUAAAGAGACCAAAGAAAAAAACAGUAAUCACAAGGAACUGCUUCAUUACAACGACUUGACAAAGAUGAAACGCAAAACCUGAACCGAUCCUAACGGUUUCUGCGCUUGUAUGAAGCGGAUACUUGACCUAUUAACAAUCCAAGAAACAUUCCAGGCCCAUACCCUAUCGCAACUGCUUUCCAGUCCAACAUUUUUUCCUCUUCUUCUUCUUCUUCUUCUUCAUUAGGCUGUUGUGUCGGUGGGGCAUUAGUCCCGGAGCAGCUUUCAUCGAGAGGUAGGCCACAAAGCUCUGCAUUCCCUUCAAAUGAGGAUUUAGGCUGCCCAGUAAUCUGCGGUCCUUGUGGUAUUUCACCUUUGAGUUGGUUAUUAGACACAUUCACGUAUGCCAAAAACGAGAGGCUCCCGAGUCCAUUUGGAAUCCUCCCAGAGAGAUGGUUUCUUGACAGGUCUAGUGACUCGAGCUCCGUGAGAUUGGCCAAAAACAGAGGAAUAUGGCCCGUGAAAGCGUUGUUUGAUAGGUUGAGUGCAAUCAAUGCUUUCAAAAGACCAAUGGAUUCGGGAAUCUGUCCUUCAAGUUUGUUCCCAGAGAAAUCAAUGGUGGCAUAGGAAGUAAGGACCUUUCCUUGCUCCAUGGUCAGACCUUUGUACUGCAAGUCAAUGGAAUCAUCAUACAUAAAGUGGGACAUCCCGGUGUAGUCUCCCAUAUAGAUACUACCCCCAUCUUCAUUCAUAUGGAGUGAUGUUGCUUUCCAGUUCAUAAAGUAAUCUCGGGGCAAGCUUCCAGUAAAAUUGUUGUCUGAUAUUUCAAGUAUACGCAGCUCGGGAAACGCAAGAGAACCUUGAUUAGGAGGAGAUAUCGGACCGUGGAAUCUGUUUGAACCAAGGGUAAGAGCUUGCAGAUCAGGCAAAGCCUUGAGCCAGAAAGGAAAUGUGUCUUUGAUUCUGUUGUUGUCAACACUUAGAAAGUUUAGAGAGGAGCAAUUCACAAGAGACCUCGGAAGCUUCCCGGUUAGUUGGUUGUGACCAACAUCAAUGGUCCGAAGCAAGGCCCUAUCAUAGCACAUGUCUAGAAGACUUCCCUCCAACUUGUUUUUCCGGAGAUUCAGAACAAGGAGAGAGCUUUGAAAAUUACUCAAACAUCGAGGAAUUGGACCGGUGAAGUUGUUGUAGGAGAGAUCAAGAAGCUUAAGAGAGCUUCGGUUGCAGAUUGCAAGAGGUAUGUUCCCUGUGAAACUAUUGUUCCAUGCAGAUAAGACGUUGAGAGAGUGUGGUAGGUUAGGAAGUGGUCCUCUAAAAUUGUUUAAAGACAAAUCUAAAAUCGUCACCAAUGAAUCCUCUAAAACUUCCGCCGAACCUUCUAACUCGGUGAAAGAGUUACCGGCAAGAGACACCAUAUCCAGACGAGGAAGGUUCCACAACCACUCAGGGACUUUUCCUUUGAUUUUAUUGUUGGAAAGGUUUAUAAACUGCAAGCGAAGAAGGCUUUUUAAGAAGUUUGGGAACUGACUGAUGCCGCAUCCCGGCAAGCACAAUGACUCCAAGUUCAAUGGAAUGCCUGAAUCAGAACUUAAACUGGCCGGUGAUAUAGUGUUACCGGCAAGAUUCAAGAUCUGCAAAGAUUUGAGAGAGGAGAGGGUUCUAAUGUCAAUUGGGUAGCUUAUGCUUAGGUAAGAAAGGUGGAGAGAUAUGAGGGUGAUGAGCUUUGAGAUAGGCUCUAGGAUUCGUCCUUCAAAAAGGUUAUCCCCAAGGAGCAAAUGCUCGAGCGUAGAUGAAGAGGAGUUGGAAACUUUAAUAGGAUCAGUGAGAUAGUUUUCACCAAGAUCAAGAUGUAACAAGAAAGGCAUAGUGAGCAGAGAAGAAGGGAUGGCUCCAGAGAAGUGGUUAUCUGAAAGGUCUAAAAUGGAAAGCUUGGUGAGGUUCUGGACAAGUUGGAAACUGCCAGUGAGCUUGUUCUGUGAGAGAUCAAGCUUGAUUAAGUUGGUUAGGUUACUAAUUGAGGAAGGAACUUCACCUUUCAAUCCCAUGAAGGAAAGAAACAAGACCUCUAAUCUGUUGAGUUUGCCAAUCUCAGAAGGAAUUGAGGAGGAACCUAAUUUGUUGUGAGAGAGAUCAAGGUAAACAAGGUGGUGCAACUCGAAUAGGCUACUGUUAGGGUUCAUCAGAGUUCCAGACAAGUUGUUAUAGGAAAGGUCUAAAUAGGAAAGCUGGCUGAAGUUAUUAAAUGACAAAGAAACUUGACCAAUGAAGCCAUUAGAGGAAAGAGACAAAACCUCUAAUCUGUUGAGAUUGCUGAACUCAGAAGGUAGUGAAGAGGAUGUGAAGUCGUUGAAAGAGAGAUCAAGGUAACGGAGAUGGUUGAAUCCAAAGAGGCUACUGUUUGGCUUGAGAGCGCCAGUGAGACAGCCACUUGGGAGUUGUAGCUUCGUGACCGCACCAGUCUUGUUAUCGCACACGACACCGUGGAAGUAGUCGCUGCUGUUGCAACCGCUGGACUCAAACUCGUUGAAGAAGAGCUUGGAUCUGGUCGGGACGACAAGCAGCAGCAGAAAGUCCAGCAACAAGAGUAUUUAUCAUUUAGACGUUUGAAGCAAAGACACAACAAAGUAAGAGCACCAAGAGACGCGAUUCCGACAUGGUCGUCAUGAACGCGAUUUAGAAAAAAGUAAUGUUCUUUAAGCAGAGAGAAAGAGAGAAGGGUGGUAUAAAUAAAAGAUGUGUGGUUUUGCAUCGAAGCACAACUUGAAACUUGGAAGAAGUUACAGCUAAGUCAAGUAUUUGUAUCCUGGCAUGGAGAUAAGUAUGGAUAAGUAGCUCAGUGCCACUCGAAUCAUGACGUACAAUCCACGUUACUUGAUUUGGCUUAGCGUGUAUCUUUGGAAAUGGAAGCACAACAGUAUGAAAUUUCUCACAUAUGUCCAAAAUUUACACAGUUCAACUUAGCUCACUCACGUGUGGAUCACAUCUUAGAGAUUUCAGAUUUGAAACAUAAAGAAGAUAGAGUGUUACUGGGGGCUCAAGUCUGCAUCACCAUCUCUCUAAUUGUUUCUGCGAUCCGUAAGAUGAUUGGUUUUGAUAUACAAUUGCUGCUAUGUAGCUAUAUCCGGUUGAUAAUUAACCGGUGUGCAUAAUUUAAUGAACCAAAUUGUGAUUUCUGGGUAAGUCCGGUCCUCAUAUGAAACAAGUCGAGAAGGAGAGAGAUUUUUAAGACGCGACAAGGGAAAAGCAAUUACGUUCAUCACCGUCACUCUCGUCGAAGUUUUGGUGGAGUGGAGGAGGCUUCAGAAAUCAAUGAGCUCCAGGACCAAUGAUUUUGACAAACCACUCCGGCUUGUAUGAGGCAAUGAGCUGUGCUAUUGCCAAUCCAAACAACACUCCAGGAGCAUAACCUAUAGCCACUGCUUUCCAGUUCAACACUUGGGCUUCGUCUUCUUGCGUCUGAUCUUGCAUUGGAGGAGGAAGUGCACUAGUACUGAAGCAACUUUCCUCGAGAGGAAACCCACAAAGCCCUGCAUUCCCUUCGAACGAGGAUUUAGGUUGCCCUGUGAUCUGUGUUCCUUGUGGUAUUUCACCCUCGAGACGGUUGUGAGACACAUUUAAGUACGCCAAAAACGAGAGGCGCGAGAGUCCUUUAGGAAUUUCCCCAGAGAGUUGGUUUCUUGACAGGUCUAGUGACUCCAGCUCUGUGAGAUUGUCCAAAGACAGAGGGAUGUGGCCUGUGAAGUCGUUGUUCGAUAAGUUGAGUGCAAUCAAUGUCUUCAAGAGACCAAUGGACUCUGGAAUCUCUCCUUCGAGUUUGUUUCCAGAGAAAUCAACGGUGCUGUAAGACGUGAUGAUCCUUUGUUGCUCCAUGCGUAGACCUUUGUAUGCCAAAUCUAAAGUAUCUUCGUAGAUAUAGAAAGCUUUGUCAUAAGUUUCCUUGUAGUAUCCCAUGUAUAUACUCCCAUCUUCAUUCAUCGUGAGUGAUGACGUUUUCCAAUUCAGAAAGUAACUUGAUGGCAAGCUUCCACUCAAGUUGUUAUCUGACAUUUCUAGUAUGCGCAGCUGUGGAAACGCAAGAGGACCUUCAUGAGGAGGAGAUAUAGGACCGUAGAAUCUGUUUGAACGGAGGGUAAGAGCUUGCAGAUCAGGCAAAGCCUUGAGCCAGAAAGGAAACGUGUCUUCGAUUUUGUUGUGGUCAACACUUAGAAACCUCAGAGAGGAACAAUUCAGAAGAGACCUCGGAAGCUUCCCGGUUAGUUGAUUGUAUCCAACGUCAAGUGUCCGCAGCGAAGCGCCAGCAUAGAACAUGUCCGGGAGACUUCCUUUCAAGCUGUUCUUCCGGAGGUUUACAAUCCUAAAGUUACUCAAACAGCUGGGAACUGGACCGGUGAAGUUGUUGUAGGAAAGAUCAAGAUGUGUGAGAGAGCUUCGGUUGCAGAUUGAAAGUGGUAUGUUCCCUGUGAAACCAUUUCCCCAUGCUAACAAGUGGUUGAUCGAGAGUGGUGGAAUAGGAAGUUCCCCUUGAAAACAGUUUGACUGUACAUCUAAAAAACGCACCGAUGAAUUUACCAAAACCUCUGGAGAACCUUCGAAACUGGUGAAAGAAUUGUUAAAAAGGCUCACUAUGCUAAGACGAGGAAGGUUCCCCAACCACUCAGGGACUUUCCCUUUGAUUCUAUUUUGGGAAAGGUCUAUCCCUUUUAUGUUCCGAAGGAUCUUAAAGAUGUUUGGGAACUCUCUGAUAUCACAACCUGACAAGGCCAAGAACUCCAAGUUCAAUGGGAUGUCGGAAUGUGAACUUAAACUGGCCUGAGAUAUACUAUUACCGGAAACAUCAAGUCUCAGCAAAAGUUUUAAAGAAGAGAAGAGCCUUAAGUCGAUUGGGAAGCUUAUGUUUAGGAAAGACAAGUAAAGAUAUUUGAGGGUGAUGAGCUUUGAGAUAGGCUGUAAUAUUUGUCCAUCAAAAUGGUUAUCCCCAAGACUCAGGGUUUUGAGCUUGGUUAGAUUUUGCACAAGUGGGAAACCACCUGUGAGGUCGUUAUGAGAAAGGUCUAACUUGGUAAGAAGGGUUAGGUUACGAAAUGCGGAAGGAACUUGACCUAGGAAUCCAUUAGAGGAAAGAAACAAGACCUCUAGUUUGUUGAGAUUGCCGAAUUCGGAAGGGAGUGAGGAGGAGAUGAAGUUGUUGUGAGAGAGAUCAAGGUAACGAAGAUGGUGAAGCUCGAAGAGGCUACUGUUGUGCCUAAGAACGCCAGUGAGACAGCCACUUGGAAGCUGUAGCUUCGUGACCUCACCGGUCGUGUAAUCGCACCAGACUCCAUUUAAGUAGUCAGUUUGAUUGCAGCUGUGGGAAUCAAACUCGCUCUUGAACUGCGUAAGAGCUUGUAUCUGGCUUGGAAGACAAGCAACGAGAUCCUUUAUAACGGCGAAGCUUGAAGGGGAGACACAACAGAGCAAGAGUAGCGAGAGAAAAUGAAAAUGCAAACGCAGACGCGAUUCCGACAUGUUCGUCAUGAAAACAAUUUUCUUUAAGCAAAGAGAGAGAAAAGAUUUGGUAUAAAUAUAAGAUAUGUGGUUUUGCAUCGAAGAAUCACUUUGACUUGGAAGAUGUUACAGCUAAGUCAAAGACUUUUGGCUUGGAGAAAAAGUAUGGCUAAGUAGCACAGUGCCACUCGAAUCCACGUGAGUGGGAUGAAAAUAAGACCAAGGCUACAUUCGGUUAACAUGUAACCGGGAACUGAAACAAACAUCCCGUGGAUCUGCUUUCUCUCUGUGUAUUUCCUCUGUUUCGUAAACAACUAGUGUAUGAUUGGGAUAAACUGGUGCCUGUAACUUCGAUAGAUCCAAAAUCCGAAGGCAACAGCACUGGUGAAUCAAGUGGGUUUGUGAAGAGAGGGACAAAGUUCAUGGUGACAGAUGACCUGAUCAUUACUCCAUGUCAUCAGACUACUAGGAGCUUCAUUGGUGGCAUUUUCUGCCUUAGCACUGGUCUUCUAGCUAUGGAAUCAGCUUCAACAAGUGCUCCUGAAAGCCGUUUAUCCCGAAACUUCAAGUGCUUGCCAAAGUUGACAAUCUUUUGAUUAGCAUCUGACUGUUUGAGGUGCUAUAGUGUAGUUUCUUGGACAUCUACUUUCUCUAAUUUUUUCAAAUUUUAGCUACUUGCCAUUUUUUCUUCUUUUUGUAACGUUCAACUUUAGCCUAUAUGAACUAAAUAUUUCCCAUAUUUUUAAGGAAAGGUGUUGUUGACAAUUUUCUAAAAUGGUUACUUAAAAACCCUAGUUUCCUUUUUUUCUAUUGCGAUGGGGUUUUGCUUAUUUUAGUCUCUCUGUAUAUAUAUAUAUUCUGAACAUAAAUAUUCUCUCUUUAGAGUUUUAUCAAGGGACCUGCAAGCAGAGUGACACGGCUUUGAAAUGGCUGAGACUUGUUUGGAGCCUACGUUUACUUUGAGACUUGUGGUUGAUGAAGAGAAGAAGAAGGUCGUUCUGGCAGAGGCUUGUAGUGACUUUGUUGAUGUGCUCUUGAGCCUUGUGACGCUGCCGAUGGGCACCAUUGUCAGAUUGCUUAAGAAUCACCGAAAAGCAGAGGUUGGUUGCUUAAGCAACCUCUACAAAAGUGUUGUGGAGAUGGGCAGUGAUGAAUUUGAGACCGAAGCAUGUAAGGAGAUGCUCCUUUAUCCCAGGAGUUUGAGGGAUGUCCAGUACAAGAGGCUUAAGCUCAACUUACAC